AUGGUCUCGUAUUAUAGUCACAGUAAUGUUAGAUUUUCGGAUGAAGAUGAAUGCUUUAAACAGCCAGUUGUAGCAGCACCAGUUCCAGAAGUGGCAUCAACAGUUUCUGGAUUGGUGCCAAAUCAGGUUGGGGCUGUGGAUGGAGUGAGUGGAGAAAACCUGCAUCUUCUUCCUGAUUGGUGGACUUUCUGGCAUCAUCAGCGGUACACUGCCAAUGAGUGGAUCGCCAUAAACAAAGAGAUGAAUGCCGAAAAGGACGAGAACGUCGACGAGGCCGAAAAUAAGGAAGAUACUGAAGAAAAAGACAACGAGGAGAAAGCGAUUGAGGAAGAGAAGAAGAAUCGGUUCUCAGUGAUGCAAAACCAGUACCUUGAGGGCACUAAUCCGGUUAGUUUUCCCAAGUAUGGAGCACCGGAUGAGGCGCAGACAAUGGUAAUAGACAGCGUUGAACAAUUCUGGCAGUGCGAGUCGAACUUGAAGUCAGUUGAAAAGUUGCCUCAGGGUGCAGAGUUGUUUUUCUUUAAGGACGGCAUUAAGCCAAUGUGGGAAGACCCGAGAAAUGUGAAGGGAGGACGUUGGUCGUUUUUCUUCACGAUUAGUGCCCAUGGGGAAAAACGUCAGGAGUCACUUAAGCGAGUUGGAAUGAUUUGGGAGCGGAUAAUCAUGAAACUUGCCUGUGGAACGUUUAUUCCGGCCGAUAACCACUACCAGGAGAUAAUUGAGCGGGAGGUGUGUGGAGCCAUAUUGAGUAUUCGGGCGUCAAAGGCGAUCAUUUCGAUUUGGAACACGCACAUUGAGUACGAGAAGUAUGUUUCAGACUUGAUGAACUUGUAUCGGGCCGAGACUGCAAGACUUAGGCGUGCUUUGAGGGAGGAUCAGGGAGGGGAAGAUGGAGAAGAAGUGGAUUCUGGACUUGCAGAUGCAGAGAAAGUCAGAGAGUCGUCUUUUUCGGAUGUGGCAAGAGUGGUGUCUCGUAUGUUGCACAGAGACUCGGGUGAAGACGAAGAAGAGGUUAAGCCGGCAUUAAACCGGGAUGUGGACCCUACGGCAGAUGCGGAAUCAGAUGUGAAUGAGGAUAAUCAGGCAGAAGAUGUGCAGAAGGUGCUCAAGUCACCACAUUUCACAGGAUUAACACCAUUCAUGAUCCGUAGAGGCAUCUGUGAUUCGAUGCUGCGUAAUGUGGCGGAGGUGGACAACAUACUGAAGACAGGCGAGAACCCAAUCACUGCAAAUGUGACAGAGUUGAAGCACAGAACUGCAAACAUGAGGCUACAGUACAAGCGGCACUUCAACCACGGGAAGGCAAGUGGUGAGACUUACUACGAGGUUCCGGGUGAGAGUGGUUCGAACCCAGGUGCCGGCAGUAACAGCAAUGGCAGCAAUGGCUACAGAAACCACAAUUACAGAGGCAGCCGGGAAAACAACAACGGCAAUAACAAUACCGGAAGCAGGGAAGGAAACGAUGGAACGUUUAAUUUCCACCGCAGGCACCGGUAUAUUCGGCAUGGCGAUAAUGGAGCAAAUGAGAGAGAAAGCGGUGGCAGUAAGGAAUCGGCAUUAAGUGAGGAAUCGACAGGUGGCAGAAGGCAGGACUCUGAUCACGUGUUCUCGUUUAGGAGAAGAAAACACUACCAACCAGCAGUGAAAAAUUCUGGGGAAGAUGGUGAAUCUGGUGCCGAGAACGAUGAAUUUGUCGUUCAGGGAAGAAGGGCGGGCAAUUUUGGCCGUUGGAGGAGGAAAAACGGCUCGAACGGCAACCAGAGAAAUGAUAAAGGAUUGAAUUCGAGAAAUAACAACCACACAAAUAAUAGCAACCCAAGUUCAGGAGCCGAAGUCUUUGAGAGCAGCAAUCAAAGCAACUCGUUUGCAUCUUUGGGAAAACAGCGUAAGCGGCUCGAGAUCAAGGAGGAUGGAAAGCUGAUUGGUGAAGUGAAUAUGCUCAGUUUUGGCUCUCGCAGAAGACGGCUACUGCAAAAGCAGCAUACUGCAGGAAGCAAGGAAUGA